GCUCUCCACGCCCCGAAAACUGUGCUCGUCGCUUAUCAACCGAUAGAAUGAAACAAAUUGUCUGUGCGUUGCUGUUAGCGCUCAUAUGCGCCGUCUCUGCCGACAAGGAUGCAACUGUGCUGCGGCAUGACGCAGAAGUAAACCCUGAUGGUUCGUACCAGUUUGCAUAUGAAACCUCAAACGGAAUCCUGCACGAGGAGCAGGGUACCCUGAAGGAUGUCGGCGAAGAGAAAGCUCAGAUUGCCCAAGGUCGGUUCGCAUACACUGAUCCCGAAGGAAACAAAAUUUCCCUGCAGUACAUUGCCGACGAGAAUGGAUUCCAGCCCACGGGUGACCAUUUACCGACUCCCCCGCCAAUCCCAGUUUUGAUCGAAAAGGCUCUGCGGAUUCUGGCGGAGAAGUCGCAGCGGAAGUGAGCGUAGGUGCUAAAUCAAAUAGGUUAUAAUGUAAUGGAUCUGUAUGAACACAACAUCCUAGUCGGUUUCAAAAUACAAGUUCAAUAAUAUAAUGAAGUAGU